GACGAUAUCUUUACCCGACAUAUCAAUACCAACUCCGAGUCGUAUUCCCCUCCCCGGUAUACUUCAGCUUAUUCGGCACUCCGAGAUAUGUCCUUGCGCUAUUCCCCGAAACUCCGAAUGGCAUUAAAUGUCGACAAAUUCGCCAAUGUAUGCUCUAAUAGAAGAAAUAUCGUUCAAUAUUGAAUGGUGUUGGUACAGAGUUAAUCCUAGAGAAUACGCUUACCAAGAUAUUUAUGAGAUCUCCCACUUCGUAGGUAAUCUCCCAAAAUACCUCAACGUAUUCCUACAACCUGAGAUCUGCUCUCGAAGCAAGUAUCCUAAUGACUUCCCGAGAGCCCAUCGCUAUUAUCGGCACUGGGUGUCGUUUCCCAGGCCAGUCCGACAACCCGUCGAAGCUAUGGGACCUUCUGAAAGAACCUCGAGAUCUCCUAAAAGAAAUUCCCGAAGACCGAUUUAGUGUAGACGCGUUCUACCAUCCUCACAACUAUCACCAUGGAACUAGCAACGUACGCCACUCGUACCUCCUUGAGGAAGACCUCACCCGCUUCGACGCGCAAUUCUUCGGAAUCAAACCCGUCGAGGCCAGAUCGAUCGACCCUCAACAGAGGCUGCUCUUAGAAACAGUAUACGAGAGCCUGGAAGCCGCUGGUAUACCGUUAACACAGCUCCGCGGCUCUGACACGGCCGUCUACGUGGGAGUAAUGAGCGCCGAUUAUACCGAUAUGACUAGCCGUGACAUCGACAUGUUUCCGACAUAUUUCGCUACUGGCACUGCGAGAAGUAUUCUUAGCAACAGACUGUCGUACUUCUUCGACUGGCGUGGUCCGUCGAUGACCAUCGACACGGCUUGUUCGUCGAGUUUAGUUGCUAUGCAUCAAGCAGUGCAAGUACUCCGAGCGGGAGAAUCCUCUGUUGCCGUGGUGGCUGGCUCAAACGUGAUUCUUGGCCCGGAGCAAUACAUCGCCGAAAGUAAAUUGCAGAUGCUCUCGCCUACCGGCCGAAGCCGUAUGUGGGACGAGGAUGCGGAUGGUUAUGCCCGUGGCGAGGGCGUUGCCUCCGUAGUGCUGAAACGCCUAAGCCAAGCUCUAGCAGAUGGAGACCACGUCGAAUGUAUUAUUAGAGAGACGGGGUUGAACCAAGACGGAAGGACGCCGGGUAUCACAAUGCCAAGCCCGUCGGCGCAGACCGCCUUGAUUCAAUCGACGUAUUCGAGAGCCGGCUUAGAUCUUAGCCGAGCGGCAGACCGCCCGCAGUACUUUGAGGCGCACGGUACAGGCACACCUGCCGGAGACCCUAUUGAGGCCGAGGCCAUCAGCAACGCCUUCUUCGGUCCGGGGUCAAAUUUCACCCCUGGAAGCGUACAAGAUACCUUGUACGUGGGUUCAAUCAAAACAGUAGUAGGUCAUACAGAGGGCACGGCUGGCUUAGCUGCCGUCAUCAAGGCCUCAUUGGCGUUGCAAGCCGGAAAAGUACCUCCAAACAGGUUAUUGAACCGACUGAACCCCAAAGUCGCCCCCUUUUAUAACCAUCUUAAAAUCGUCUCGGAGGCAAAAGAGUGGCCAAAGACGGCGGAUGGAACACGGAGAGCUAGUGUUAAUAGCUUUGGCUUUGGCGGAGCCAACGCGCAUGCCAUACUGGAGAGCUAUGAUCAGCAGAGCAACAAUGUAUCAUUAUACCGCAGCGACGAAAACAAUGCUUCCUUUACCCCUUUUCUGUUCUCAGCUGCCUCAGCAAGCACACUAAUUACGAACCUCGAAAAGUACCGAGACUACCUCACGACAGCAGCUAGAAGCCAGGCUGGUAUUCCGUUUACGCUACGAGAUCUUUCAUGGACGUUGAGUAAUCGUCGUACGACGAUGGAGUAUCGCACCGUAUUGCCUGCGGUUAGUAAAUUCGACGAUCUUGUUUCGAAAAUGAACAAGACCAUUGAUUCCCUCGGUGAAUCUCCACCAUCGUCUUCCCCGCAGCAAGUGACGGAUAAGCCCCGGGUUCUGGGCGUGUUUACUGGACAAGGUGCGCAAUGGGCUAGGAUGGGUGCUGAGCUCAUUGAAACGUCCCCGGAGGCUAGCCGUAUCAUUGCCCGACUAGAUCAGAGCCUCCAAUCUCUCCCGCCCCAAGAUCGUCCAAAGUGGACGCUACGAGAUCAUCUUCUUGCCCCUCCUGAAUCCUCACAGGUUAAUACGGCUUUUAUCUCGCAACCUCUGUGUACUGCCAUACAGGUCAUGCUCGUAGAGUUGCUGAAAGCGGCUGGCAUCACGUUCUCGGCUGUAGUAGGUCAUUCAUCAGGCGAAAUCGGCGCCGCCUAUGCGGCAGGGUAUCUAAGUGGUGAAGAUGCCAUCCGUAUAGCCUACUACCGCGGUCUACACCUACGCUCUGUGUCCGGUAAAAAGGGUGCCAUGAUGGCAGUCGGCACAUCGUUCGAGGACUUGACAGAGCUCUGCGAGCUACCAGCCUUUGAGGGUCGCGUUUGUGUCGCGGCAAGUAACUCUUCAGCCAGUGUUACUUUAUCCGGGGACGCGGAUGCCGUUGACGAAGUCAAGGAAGUCUUGGACGCGGAGAAGAAAUUCGCGCGACUUCUCAAAGUGGACCGAGCGUACCACUCCCACCAUAUGCAACCCUGCGCCGAGCCAUACAUUCGCUCACUUCAGACCUGCCGCAUCAAAACCAAGCGACCCACAGACUGUCGCUGGGUCUCCAGCGUAUUUGUACAAGAUAUCGACGAGGUAUUAGAUACGGAGAGCCUGGGUGGUAACUAUUGGGUUUCGAAUCUGGUGAAGCCUGUCAUGUUCGCUGAGGCGCUGAAGAAGACACUCGGCUCACAGAAGGAUGGAUUAUCAUCAUCACCUUACGAUCUUAUUGUAGAGGUUGGACCGCAUCCAGCGCUCAAAGGUCCCGCAAGUCAAACAAUACAAGAUUGCUUCGAGAGCCAGUCGAUUCCGUACACGGGUGUGCUCUCGCGUGGCGUGAAUUCCGUGGAAGCAUUUUCUACCGCACUGGGAUCCGUCUGGGAAGCUCUCGGUGAUGGCGUAGUAGAUUUCGCUACAUUCAGUUCAUUUGCUGCAGGCGGAAAGGGUCUGGAACCUAAGUUAUGUAAAGGGCUUCCGACCUACGAAUGGGAUCAUAAUCGGACGCACUGGUAUGAGUCGAGUCUAUCUCGGGCUUUCAGAACCGACAAGGAAAGCCCGAAUGAGCUUCUGGGGAGAAGACUCCUAGAUGGUGCCCCCGAUCAGCUCCGCUGGCGCAAUGUUCUAAAGCCUCGAGAGAUAGACUGGCUAGAAGGUCAUCAAGUCCAAGGCCAGAUCGUAUUCCCUUGUGCAGGCUAUGUCUCAGCUUGUCUUGAAGCUGCCAUGAAGCUACCUACAUUAACCGGUAAAAAGGCUGUCCAAGAACAAAGCCAACAUAUCAUAAAAGCUGUAGAGAUCCAGGACUUCGUGGUUGGCCAAGCCGUUGCUUUUGGCGAUGACCAGGAUUCGGCGGUUGAAAUUUUGAUCACGAUGACCGACAUUGAAUGGCGGGAACACGCCGGACAGGGCAACGAUGAGACAAUAUUCGCCGAUUUCACAUUUUACUCGUCCGCUACAGGUAGCGAAACGUUGAAAAUGGUUAAUAAUGCUAGCGGCCGCGUCCUAAUACACCUAGGAAGUAAUGACGCUCAAGACCUUAGCGCAUCUAUACUGUCUGACAAGUCCGAAGGUGAUCACAUUGGUGUGGCGGAAGUAGAAUCAGAUCGUUUCUAUGACGCUCUCGGAAAACUGGGAUUUGGAUAUACUGGCCCCUUCCGAGCGUUGACGAGUUUAAAACGAAAACUUGGCUUAGCCAACGGCUUCAUCCAGAAUACGGACUCUUCUGUUUGGUCUUCGCCCCUUCUGAUCCACCCAGCAACGUUAGAUGCGGCUAUCCAAUCCAUAAUGCUAGCGUUCUGCUAUCCCGGUGAUAGCAUGUUACGUUCCAUAUAUCUACCCACUGGCAUAAAAAGACUUGUCAUAAAUCCAGAAAGUUGUCGGAGCUUUGCUGGUGACACCAUAGAUGUGCCGUUUGAAUCUUUAGCGAACGUCGAUACGUCCAAGAGCUUGUCAGGAGACGUCAGUAUAUAUACCCCAGAUGGCUCCUCAAAGGCAAUUCAAUUAGAAGGACUACAGACAAAGCCACUCUCCAAUCCUACCGAGUAUAGCGACUUGAAUAUAUUUACCGAACUUGUAUGGGAGGUUACCGAGCCUGAUAGCGACGUAAUUGUCGCCACGACACCUGUGCAAGAACUCGAUCCCGACCUACUCUUUUCGCUGGAAAGAGUAGCAUACUUCUAUCUGCGGUCACUGGACAAGCAGUUCCCAGUGAAGGAGAGGGCUAGAAUAAAGCUGGAGUGGCAUCAAGAGCGACUUCUUGCGUAUGUAGACCAUUGUCUUUCUAAGGUAGCUCGCGGCGCAAACCCUUUCGCCAAAGCCGAUUGGAUUACCGACACUAAGAGCACCAUAACGAAUAUAUUGAGCAAGUACCCCGACAAUAUUGACUUGAGGCUCAUGAGCGCAGUGGGAGAGAACCUCCCUGCUGUAAUCCGUGGAGAAACGUCGAUGUUGGAACACAUGAUCCAGGACAACAUGCUCAAUGACUUCUAUGUUGUGGCUCACGGCAUGCCUCGUUACACUGCGUACCUCGCGUCCAUGGCUAGACUUGUUACCCAUAGGAAUCCUCACAUGAAUGUGUUGGAAAUUGGAGCCGGUACUGGUGGUGCCACCAAGUCGUUCCUUAAGGAGCUCGGCAACAGCUUCUCGACUUACACAUUUACAGACAUCUCAAGCGGGUUCUUCGCUAAAGCUGAGCAAGUUUUCGCCUCGUACAGUGCUAAGAUGAAGUUCAAGGUACUUGAUAUUGAGAAGGACAUCGAGGAGCAAGGCUUCGCAGACGGGUCAUUUGACCUGAUCAUUGCAUCCCUAGUGCUUCACGCAACAAGAAACAUGACCGACACUCUGAAGAAUGUCCGGAGAUUGCUCAAGCCUGGCGGAUACCUACUGCUUCUUGAAAUCACAGAGAAUGAGCAGAUGCGUUUCGGACUCAUAUUCGGUGGUCUCCCAGGAUGGUGGCUCGGUUAUGACGAUGGACGUGCCUUAUCACCCUGUAUCGACCUAGAUCAAUGGAAGGACGUACUUCUGGAAACCGGGUUUUCUGGCAUCCACACCGCCAUCCCGCAUCACGAUAAGUUACCAGUUCCUUUAUCUAUCAUCGUCUCUCAGGCAGUGGAUGAUAGAAUGAAUUUCCUGAAGGAACCUCUAUCAUCUCCCUCGUUGUCGCUAUUCCAGCCGGACGCUCCGCUCAUCUCUAAACUGACAUUGAUCGGCGGAGGAGGGGCAAAGAGCGCAAAACUUGCGAAAGAUAUUAUACGCAUCCUUGAACGGGACGCCCGUUUUUGCAAGCCUCCGACGUUCAUCAAGUCCAUAGAGGCAAUCCGACUGGGUGAAGACCUUCCUAUUGGAGGAACUACCCUUUGCCUUGCGGACGUCGACGAGGCCGUCUUCAAGUCCAUGACUUCGGAGAAAUUGCGUGGAUUCCAAGAGAUAUUCAAGCAAUCAACGAAGGUUCUCUGGAUUACCCAGGGAGCGCGGUUUGGUGACCCAUUUUCUCGGAUGGUGAUUGGAUUUGGCCGAACAGUAGUCCUUGAGAUGUUGCAUCUUCGGCUCCAGUUCCUCGACAUUGCCUCAAGCAACGAUAUCAAUGGUUCUUUGGCUACACCAAAUGCUACCUCUAUUGCUGAAGCGCUUCUUCGUUUUGAAGCCAUAGAAGCCUGGGGCACUAAUGAAGACUCACAGUCCGGGAAUGUACCUCUUCCUUAUUCGACGGAGCCCGAACUAUACCUUGAUCAAGCUAGUGGAAAGCUCUACGUUCCCCGAUUUAAACUAAACAAGAGCCAGAAUGAUCGAUAUAACUCCAGUCGCCGUACUAUCAAUGAGCUUGUAGACGGUAAGGAAAUUACCGUUGAGCUUGCGUCACAAGAUGAUGGGUCGCGCUGCCUUCUACAAAGACUUCCUAGCUCACCACUGACGACGCGACUUAACUCCCGCCUCACAAGUUCAGAGGCAACAGUUGAGCUCAACACUGUCUACUCUAUCAACAGAGCCGUCCAGGUAAUUGAUGGAAGUUUCCUUUUCCCUAUAGUUGGCGAGAACCGACGCACUGGGGAAAGGGUCUUGGCGUUAUCGCCAAACCAAGCGUCCAUAGUGAAGGUCCCCCAGUCCUUCGUCCUUCGUGGAUCAACAUCGAAGGAACAGGAUCAGGUAGUCGAGAGCUUGGGGACACUUUACAUCGAACUUCUCGCUCAGUCUGUCAUGAGAAGCGUUUCGUCUUCUAGCCAAGUCAUCUUGCUGCAGCCAGAUUCUGCCUUUACUCGGGAAAUCAGUCGCAUCGCAGCUGAGAAGGGUGCCAGGCUACUCUGCCUGGCAACUGGUAAAUCCGAAGCCACCGAAAGGAUCAAAUUGUAUUCGGAGUAUCGCAAUAUCCACCCGAUGGCUACCAAAUCGGAUCUUCGCCACUUAGUCUCCGACUUACUAAUGUCUUCCAGUGUUGAUGAUUUCAUCGCUCCUAUACUUCUACUCAACAUGGGCGAUGCAUCCACAGCACUAAUAUCCCACAGUCUAGCCGAAUUAUUUCCUCCAAGCACUGUUAAAGAAAUAAGCGUGGAGAACCUUACUUCGUCUACGGCGAGCUUAUCAUCAGCUAGUAACAUCGAAUCGCAAGUGCGAUCGAUUUCUAAUCUUUUGGAUAGUAUUAAGCACCACAUACACGCCAAUAGCGGUGCUCGGAGAACCACAGAUCAGCAAUUGGAGGUCAUCGGCAUAAAGGACUGGGUCGAACAGCAGUCUCUUCGCGGACUCAACGAUGUACCUCACAUCAUUGACUGGGACACCUAUUCGAGUACCUUACCCGUCCAAGUCACACCCGUCGGUACUCAUAUCAAGUUUCAAGCUGAUAAAACGUAUUGGCUUGUUGGGUUAACUGGUGGCCUCGGUCUUUCUUUAUGCGAAUGGAUGGCACAGCAUGGAGCCCGCUAUCUGGUCGUUUCUAGUCGGAGCCCCAAGGUAGACAAGCGAUGGCUGCAGAAAAUGCAACAACUCGGGGUUACUGUUGAGGUGAUGGCGAAUGACGUCUGCGAUCGGGAUUCCGUUCGCGCUGUGUAUCAGAAAAUUUGCGAAACCCUUCCGUCCAUCGCUGGUGUUGCCCAAGGAGCCAUGGUCUUGCACGAUACCAUGUUCCUAGACCUAGAUAUUGCACGCGUUAACAAGGUUAUGCAUCCCAAGGUUAAAGGCUCUCUGCACCUAGAGGAAAUAUUCAAGGAGACUGACCUUGAUUUCUUCAUUUUCUUUUCGUCUAUGGCUGCCAUUACAGGUAACCCCGGACAAUCAGCCUACGCCGGAGCCAAUAUGUUUAUGGCGAGCUUGGCUAGGCAAAGGAGGCAGAGAGGCCUUAACGCAUCCGUGGUUCAUAUCGGAGCUAUCUUCGGCAACGGCUACGUAACCAGAGAGCUUACCCUAGCCCAGCAAGAGUUCUUAGGAAAAGUCGGUAAUCUGUGGCUUUCAGAGCAUGAUUUCCGCCAGCUCUUUGCCGAAGCGGUGCUUGCUGGACAGGCUCAUCGAGGCAAGAAUAACGAGCUUUCGACCGGCCUGAAGACGCUCGACGGCACAGAGGAUGAUGACAUCACAUGGUUUCGAAAUCCUAUGUUUCAACAUUGUAUUGGUAGCGGGGAACAGGACAUCGACGGGUUGGCUGGCGCUGCCAAUUCCAGAAAUCGCCAGGGUGUCGCUGUUAAAGCUCAACUUUUGGAGGCUAUUAGCCCAGCGGAGGUCUACGAAAUUAUUUCAGACGCCUUUACAGCCAAGCUACAAUCUAGUCUACAGAUCGAAGAGGAUCGAGCCCUCAAUGAUCUUAGGGCCGAGGCCAUAGGCAUUGACUCCCUCGUUGCUGUUGAUAUCCGCUCCUGGUUUAUUAAGGAGCUCCAAGUCGAGGUUCCCGUUCUCAAGAUCCUUAGCGGAGCUACUAUGGGCGAACUGGUUAGCACCGCGCAAGAAUUGCUUCCGGCAGACCUGACACCAAACUUGGAUCCUAAUAAUAAGGAGAAGCCUGCUGACGCCAAAAAGCGGACGAAGAAGAAUGAGCCCGAGAGUCAGAAUUCUAAGAAGGAAUCAACGAAAGGGCAGAAUAUAUCCAUUCCCGCUGCCAAAGAGCCGCAAAAGCGGGCAGACCCGGUUCCACCUACACCCAGGGAUAAUGUACAUAAGCCUAAUGGGAAUGGAGCCUCUUUCAAUUCUGUCGCCCUGCCCAGCUCUUCCCAGCAAAGAUCAUCUGCAAAUGUAUCAAGUGACGGAUUACUACUAUCGUCGGUGGACUCUCCGGCAUAUAGUUCGCCAAAUUCUUGGUCAGAACUCGAUACGUCCGAAGUGCGAUCUCAGAGCUCCACGGAAACGCCAGUUACAUUCGUGACAAAAGGUAGCAAAGAAACGGAGCCAGGGACUGUUUCAAGCGACCCUUCGGUUAAAUCUCCAGCUAUCGCGAAGCGAGUACCAAUAGCUUUUGCCCAGUCUCGGUUCUGGUUUAUAGAACAUUACUUGCAAAACGCGUCGGUAGCAUCAAACAUCGCACUAUCCAUUGACCUCGAAGGUUCUCUAGACGUUGAUAGAUUUAGAAGGGCAAUCAAACAUGUCGGCCAACGUCACGAAGCUCUGCGCACGCGGUUCGUGGUGGCUAAGCGUGAUAACGAUUCGAGCACCACGAACAAUGUCAUGCAGGAAGUCCUUGCAGAGUCAAAUUUAGAGCUUGAAGUCCGAGAUAUCAUCGACGACACCGAAGUGGAUAGCGCAUACCAAGAACUAAAAGGGUAUAAGUACAACUUCAUUGAAGGUAACCACAUGAGAGUUCUCCUUCUAAGAAAGUCGCCGUCUUCGUUCCGACUCAUCAUUGGCUAUCAUCAUAUCAAUAUGGAUGGUGUCAGCUUGGAGGUAAUUCUUCGAGAGAUUCAGGCAGCCUACGAUUCAAAAACGCGGCUCCCCAAUGUGCAGAGCAUCAUACAGUAUCCCGAUUUUGCCGAAAAGGAACGACGUGAAUAUGAGUCGGGCCAAUGGAACAGCGACAUUGCUUUCUGGAAAGAAGAGUUCGCCAAUACGAUUCCUGCGGCUUACGAGCCUCUUCCCCUUCUUCCCAUGGCUAAGAGCUACUCACGGUUACCUCUCAUGGAAUACUCCGCUCAUAGCUCAGAGUUCCAUCUCGAUCCGAACGUCCAACAAGCGAUUCAGUCGAUUUGCAGCAAACUCAAUGUUACACCCUUCCACUUCCAUUUAUCCAUCUUUUAUACUCUUCUAAUCUGUCUGGUAGAGGUUGAGCACGUCUGCAUCGGCAUCAGCUCCUCCAACCGCGGGUACGAAGCGGGCAUGCUGCAAAGCGUGGGCAUGUACCUUAACCUUCUGCCCGUGUUGCUAAAAUCGCAGCCGCAUCUCACCUUCACUAACAUACUUAAGAUGGUACGGGGCAAGUCGCAAUCUGCUCUUGCACACUCUAAAGUUCCAUUUGAUGUCAUUGUGAACGAGCUACGCGUACCGCGGUCGACCACCCAUAACCCGUUAUUCCAGACCUUGGUCAACUACAGACCUGGCAUAGCAGAGCGUCGUACCUUCUGCGACUGUGAGUCCAAGACGCGCGAAUUUGUUCAAGCCCAGACGCCCUAUGACCUAGUAUUGGAUGUCAUCGACAACCCCGGUGGUGACUGUCAUGUUUUGUUCGCGGGACAGUCGGCGCUCUACGACGCUCACCAUGUCGAUACGAUAAAGGACAUGUACAAGCAGCUUCUGUACUCAUUCGCACGGAACCCUGCCCUUCGUUUAAGCAUGGCUUCACUUUACGAUCCUGAUGACGCGAAGCGCGCCAUUGAACUCGGAAGAGGUCCUAUCUACACGCACACAUGGCCUCAAACUAUUCCUCAUCGCAUCGACCAAAUGGCCAGGAAAUAUGAUGGGAAGGCGGCACUUGUAGAAGCUAGCGCGGGGUCGAAGCCCUCACGCUCUCUAACUUACGGGCAGAUGAAUAGCAGAGUCAACAGCCUCGCCACGGCCCUGAGCCGAAACAAGUCGAGCCUGGCGCAUGGCACUAUUGUUGGCGUUUUCAUGGAGCCCGGUGCGGAGUGGAUAUGCUCACUGCUCGCUGUGCUACGCCUUGGCGCCAUAUAUGUGCCCCUCGAUCCUAGGACAGGUUUGAACCGACUAGCCGCUAUAAUCGAGGACUCCCAACUGUCCACACUGAUUGUAAAUGAUUCCACCGAGAAAGAAUCAGAGCGCUUCCAGUCAAUCCAGACAAGGCUUAACGUUGACCAAGUUACCAUAACAACAACCACGAAAGCCCCCAACGCAGCAAGCCCCGACUCCGUCGCUACCAUCAUGUAUACCAGUGGCUCUACCGGCGUUCCUAAGGGCAUAGUCAUGAAGCACGAAACUUUCAGGAACAACGUUGAACUCAUGACUACCAAGUGCUACUUCCGGGAAGGUCGUGAUGUAAUGCUCCAGCAAAGCUCCUAUAGCUUCGACAUGUCACUCGCGCAGAUUUUCUUGGCCCUAGCAAACGGCGGAAUUCUCCACAUCGUGCCAAAGGAACUUCGGGGAGACUCGGUGGCCAUCUCGAAUAUUAUCGCAACGCAAGGGAUUACCUUUACGAUAGCGACACCAUCAGAGUACAUCAGCUGGAUUCGCUAUGGGCAGAUAGAAGAUCUCGCCGGGUCAAAUUGGGUGACCUCCAUGGCGGGUGGUGAGCCAGUGACCAAAACGCUAACCAGCGCAUUCCAAGAAGUCGGCAAGGCGGACUUGAAGCUAAUCGAUUGUUACGGCCCAACUGAGAUCACGUUCUGUUCCAACAGUCGGGACGUUGAUUAUCGGUCCGAUUUAGCGGACAGCCUGCAGGAUCCUAACAGCGGCAGCGACGCAACGGGCUUGAAGACAUGGCCGAAUUACUCAGUCUCUAUAGUCGACGCUAACAUGAAGGCGGUCCCCGUCGGCAUGCCAGGGGAGGUUCUCAUCGGCGGAGCAGGUGUUGUUGCCGGUUACCUGCAUAGCGAACUCGACUCACAAGGGUUCGCCAGAAACGGUUUCGCGUCUGCCGAAUUCCUCGCAAACGGUUGGUCCCGACUGCACCGAACUGGCGAUCGCGGGAGACUCAGCAGAGCAGACGGAAGCUUGCUGCUGCUGGGGCGCAUCGCAGGUGACACUCAGGUGAAGCUCAGAGGUCUACGUGUUGAUCUCCGAGAGGUAGAAGCUGCUAUCAUGAAUGCCGCAGAAGAGAAGAUUGUGGAUGUCGCUGUGACGGUUCGCGAGUCCAACACCACAGGAUCUGAAAUGCUGGUAGCUUUCGCCACCAUGGCUACCUCACCUGGUGAGGCCGACGAGCAUAAUGAACUCGUUAAAGUUCUUGACGAACUACCCCUCCCCCCGUACAUGCGUCCUUCUCUUAUAGUUCAUGUCGACAAGUUGCCAUCCAAUGCUUCCAACAAGGUCGAUCGAGCCGCUCUCAAAUCGCUUCCGAUACCACAAGGGCACCAUAACUUGAACGGUUAUGAAAAUGGAGUGGCUCAAGACUUGACAGAUACUGAAUCGCGUUUGAAGAAACUAUGGGAGGAAGCCAUCUCAAGCGAGGUCCUGUCACAAUAUAAAAUCACUCGCGAAUCCGAUUUCUUCCACGUCGGCGGUACUUCCAUGUAUCUAAUCAGGCUGCGAGAGGCGAUAGAGGACGAAUUCGGCAUACAGAACAUGUCACUCUCUCAACUAUUUGACGGCAGCACUCUAGGGGGCAUGGCAGACCUAAUCACACAACGCACUCGUGACAAUAGCACGAGGGUAGGAGAAGAAAAAGCUAUCGAUUGGGAAGAGGAAACGGCAUUACCGUCAAACAUCAUACGCAACCCCGCAUCAAAGCAACAAUUCUUCACACAGCCCGAGGUCGUCAUCCUCACAGGCGCCACCGGAUUCCUCGGUCGAGCCAUCCUAAAGCGCCUAAUCGAAGAUGGCGUCGUCCGCAAGAUCCACUGCCUCGCUGUACGCGACCCGAAGCGCGUCGAAGAGCAGUUCCCCCACCUGUUCAAAACGCCGCAAGUUGUGGUUCACGCCGGUGACCUCGCCCUGCCGAAUUUCGGAUUGGCAAAUGAAAAGCAGCUACUCGACAUAUUCGCCGAGGCGCACGUAGUAAUUCACAACGGCACUGAUGUCAGCUUUGUGAAGUCAUACUCCAGUCUGAAGCUGGUUAACUUGGGCGCCACGAAGGAACUCGUACGGCUGAGUCUCCCUCAUCAGCUGUCGUUCCACUACAUUUCCACCGCGGCCGUCACGAACCUCACAGGCGAGCAAAGCUUCGAGCAGCGAUCCGUCGGAAUCUUCCCCCCGCCGUCGUCGCCAUCCGAGCUACAGCUUAAGGUAGGCGGCUACGUGGCUACGAAGUGGGCCAGCGAGAGGUACCUUGACAAGGUUAGCGACAGGUGCGAACUGCCAAUCUGGAUUCACCGUCCAUCAUCAAUCACGGGCGAAGGUGCACCUGAGACGGACCUGAUGAGCAACAUGUUCAAGUAUUCGCGGGCAAACGGGCUUGUUCCCGAUACCAAGUCAUGGUCAGGGUGGAUUGACAUGAUAUCUGUCGAAAGCGUGGCUAUGCAGAUUGCAGAUCAGGUAUACGAGGACUACUCGUGGCCGGGCAACGUCAAGUACUUGUACGAGUCUGGGGAGCAGGAAGUCCGCAUUUCGGAUAUGAAAGGUGUCUUGGAGAGGGAGAGUAGCAGCGGAUUGAAGGUCAAGACGGUUUCUAUGGAUGAGUGGAUAUCUCGGGCGGUGGAAAAGGGGCUGAAUCCUCUUCUGGGAGAAUACUUACGACGUAUGGACGGUGUUCCGGCCUAUUUCCCGCGUCUGAUCCGGGAGGGAAAUUUCUUUUAAAGUUGUCGGUAAUGAUACACCGAAGGCUCUAUUGCGGUAGUUUGAAGACUGCCAGCUUCUAUGUAAUGGUCUAUUUUGCCGGCUAGAAAUGGUACCAAGAAAUACGAUUGUAAUAUUAGUGUCAUAUUUAGAAAUAAUAGACGGUUCCUAAUUA